AGGUUGUAGGUCGUUUUUUUUCGAUGAGUGUGCACAACCAGCUCAAAGUGUAGUUUCUUUUUCAUUUAUGAUCCUAGCAGUACCUUUUUUCAUUCAUUACCAGUGUUUUAGACCACGCACCAUUACAAGAAAAUGGCCACUCCUCCUAAUCGUUUCGUUAUCAAAUUCUUUCCGAUCGUUCUCUUCCUCCUGGGUGCAAUCCUGAUACAGCAACUCCCCAAACACCAUCGAGAGGGUCUUGCCUACUCGUUGUUUCGUUCGCCGCAGCAUCCGCAUCCCUUAAGAAUGAAUUGAUUGAUAUGUUUAUCCUGCCAACGCGGCAGAAGACCUUUUUAUGCAUCACGACUAGUAAGAUAGUUCACUUUGUAGUGGUUCUGUGGUAUGCUAUGACCACCGUGACGCAAAGUGGCAUCUCUAGGAGAGCAAGCACUGGCACUUCUAGAAAAGCUCUCUUUUUGAACAAUCUAAUCUGUGGAAUCGCGCAUCCAAGAACCGGUUGGCCUGUUGCUUUCUCCCCAUUGGACUUUGCUCCGCGGCCCUCGUCUAUCGACCGCGACGCGCUGUUUGUGGUCACAGGAGCUUCCAGUGGCAUAGGGUUAGCUACUGCAGAAGAGCUUAGACGACUCACAAGGGAACAAGACUCAGCAGAUUCAUCGACCAGGGAACAGGAUUCAAGAACGGGGCCUAGCAUUAAGGCUCCGAUGUUGAUCAUUCUUUUUCCAUUUUUGGAAGGGAGUAUGUAUGUCAAGUGGUUUUUUCUUAGCAUGUUCUGAAGAGAUGACCAGAAAAUAGGCUUAAAGGAUGAAGUAUUGCGCUGAGGAGUAGCUCUAAUCCUAAUCCAAGAGCAGAUGUAGAGAGCGACGAGCGUGUAAUCUAUGCGGUUCGAAGCACGGAGAAAUUGAAGAAGCAGCUGAUCGCAGUGGACCGAUCAAAAAAAUCGAAAAACGGAAAUGUAGUUCAUGAGACCACAGCCAGCUCGAUUCCACGUCUUGACUCCGAUACACCUAACGCGGCUAAGCUUGUCCUUGGUCGCCGUGUGGAACUCGUUAACCUGGCUUCACUCCAGUCAGUAAAAUUAAGACACAAAUGUAGGAGUCUUCUAAUCUUCUAUAAUUGAUUCAGUUAUGAUGGUCAUCAAGUCCUUAGCUUUAGCUACACUUCUAUGAAAGUGCGUGUGCGUCUAACGAAAGAGUUCGCGGUUAGGCUUCGGGCGUUGAGCGAGCGGGAAAAUAGGGCUAUAGUUCUCGUGAACAAUGCGGGUCUAGCAUGGUUGCCAGAGCGCCAAUUAACAGAGGACGGCUUCGAAAUGCAGUUUCAGAGUAACCAUCUGUUACGGCUACGAUAAAUCUAUCUCCUGACAGCAAAGAUCGAUGUUGGCCCGUUUCUCAAAGGAAAAUAAGCGGGCAUUAAGGUGCUCGACGAGAUGUAUUUGCUCUAUUUCUAAAUCUGGGCCACUUCCUACUCACCAGACUGCUGCUCCAAAAGAAGAAGGUCCUCAGACGGGUCGUACAUGUGAGCUCCUUCGCGCACGGUUUUGGCCAUGUGCCGGGAUUCAAGACGAGGAACGGCACCGAACUGGGAACACAUUUCACCAAAAUGACCUACUGCGACACGAAGCUGAUGAACAACCUCUUCUCGAACGCUCUAGUCCGCAAGGAAAAUCUCCAUAGUGUGUCGGUGCACCCAGUAUGGUUGAUGUUUUUGCAUCUAUCGGACCAUCGAGGCUGCCCCUUUUCCCCUUGAAACUGUAUAGAUUAAGGGGGCCUCGAUGGUCUGCCGAGAUGGAAUAGACACCAUUCAUACCCAGGCAUGGUUCUCACGCAGCUGGCGACGCACGCAGCACCAUUCUGGAUCUCUUUCGCAGUAUCAGGCUCGGAGCUCUUUAGCUUUUCCAAUGUUACGUGCUGGCUUGUUCAGAUUUAGUACACCGUUCUUGGAGGUUUCCUCUUGUGUAAAGGGAGGGAUGGUAGCUCCAAGUUAGACUUCCGAUGCGGCCUCUUCUAAUAAAGUCGCUGUCCCCUCGGCUGCAUCUUCGGAAAAAGUAGAUGGACCUGCACCAGACGAAGCCGUAAAACAAGAGAGGACCCAGCAGAAAGCAGACUCUUCAUCAGGGGUUUCCAGUGGAGUCUUUCGGGUGAUCUCUGCCGCAAUACGGCAGAUUGCACGACUCGUAGUCAUCUCGCCAGAAGAGUUAUGACCCCUGCUGGUUUUUUCGGUAGAAGAUUCAACUCGGCUGGGAGAUGAUAGAACUGUGAUUGAAUUGGUAUUCCAAUUCCACUCGUCUUUCAAGAUGAACUUUCAAGAUGAAGUUCAAUCUGAAAAGGAGAAACCGAAGUGAUGACAGAUAAAAUACCAAUAGAUUUUUGUCGUAGGUAAUCAGGUAGACCUUAGACAAAAGAGAGUUGACUUCUCUAGAGCAACAGAUGAUGGAUUUAAUUUCGUAUGAAUCAUGAUGAAAUGAGUGGCCACACAUCUAAAAUCAAGCGCGAAAAACAUCUUAUAUGCGCUUUUCGAGUUGCGGCCUGUGGUCGGGGAGCACUACGUUUCAGACACCCAGUUGGUUUUAAGGCUCAGGCUAACUUCAGGCAAUGUCAUCAUCAUCAUUAGUGAUAGAUUCUUUCAUCUCCAAGAAAUGAAAGACCUUGGUGAUAAGUGAUUCGCCAAUAAUCAGUGCACUUUCCCAUUCGCCAUAUCUUCUUACGUCCUCUCGAGUAGGGGUAGUCAAUCACUGAAUAGUAUGAGCCAGUCAAUCAAGCAAUCAAUCAAUUGAAAUUAUACCGAAAAUAUGGCUCGUCAACAUCACAUGGAAGCUCUAGGCUCUAAUAUUUCCGCAGAUUCACACAGCGCAUGAUGAGGCGAUGCAAAAUUUUCUCUGGGAAGAAAGUGAAAAAAUGGUGAAAAAUUUUCUCUAAGGUCUUUGAGGUAUUUUGUUCUCUCAACCUAGUUCUUGAUGACUUCAUAUCUCUCGGGUGAUCUUUUCGACGUAAUGAAAGAACAAAUAUGCGGUUAGUUUUUCACUUAUUUCCUAGGUUUAUCCCACCGCGGAAUGCUUCUGGGGAUCUUCAACAUUGUGAUAAAGGCUGACCUCGCCAAGAUUACGAUGUGAUUUUUUUAAAAAGCUGUUGAUAGUAGAACAGCUGGGACGAGUGGCGGUCACGGAGUGUUGUUUUCUUGAUAGAAUCAUUUGUCACUGUUGCCAUGCUCCACAAUGCAGUAGAUGACACUACGCCUUCAUCUUCCCGCUUACCUCGCGAAGAGUUGUACAUCGCACUGAAUCGCGGCCUUGUCGUCAUUUUCCUAAGAGCUAGAACGAGAAACGUAACUAAUGCUGGCCUUGUAGAAACAGACACUGCUAUAAUUUUUUCAACUGCAUCUUGGAGGUGGCUAUUACGCAGCAGCUGGUCUUUAGUAGAGUCCAUCCUACUAUUGUGUACUUAGCCACCAUAUAAACUCGUUCCACAACAGCUUUGCAACACAUUCGUCGCAAUUUUCAUCGUCAUUUUCCUAAGUUGACACACUGUUUGGGAACUAUCUUGUCUCGCCGAUCAUCGUAGCAGAUGACCAUUUGAGACUCAGCAUCGUUCUCCCCUUGAGAGAGCAAUAAUGCUCACGACGGACGCGCAAGCCUCGGCCGUUCUUCUGGAUGCAAUCUAGCCCAUACUAGAUCGAAUUGCACUGUUGUCUCCCAAGCCCAGAUCUUCUGGAGCCAUGGCCUCUGAAAUC